AUGGCUUCAGGGAAUCGGCUAUCGCGCGAGGAAAAAGGGAAAGAUAUAGCUACUUCGCCAAGCCCGGCUAGGGAUGCGGACGGGGGUCCGUUGGAGGAUUUCGACAUAAUCCAUCGUGAUGCUCUGCGGGAUACGGAGAACAUGAGCCUUUCCCAGCGCCUUCUGGUCGCUGAUGCCCAUAGACAGUUUCGCGAAGAAAUCGAAGAAAACGUUGAGGACGAGGAUAGAGAGGCGAGUGGUUCUGAAGCGCCUAGCCUUGUCGUAAGACCUAGGAGACGGGCUCGUCGGAGGGGUCGUAUCGACCAGUCAGGCCGUCUCCCUGCUCCGAGAAGUGUUCCGUUCUACGAAGUAGACUGUCGUCCUGUGAUAUAUCACCCUGGUGGGAUUUUUGAAGAACUACCUUCGCUGCCUCCCGAAGCGUUACGCGACCCGCGAGUUCAAUCGUGGGGGAACGUUUUCAGUUCCUGUUCUUCCAACGAGACCGUGAAGAGAUUGCUAAGAGAGAGUGGUGGCGCUGGAGUCACCUUCCUCAUUCCGUCAACCGAUCAGCGGCCGUGGUCGCCACCGGUUGGUUACCAGUGCGUGUAUGAAUCUUACUUCAAGGAUCAGACGAAGCUCUGGUUCCCAAUCCCCAGACUGAUCACGUCUUACGCAUUUCGUCGGGAUAUUGCCAUUUCUCAGCUGCUGAACGGGUCGCUGCGCAUAGCCGUCAUGUUGAUGGUUAUGGCAGCGGAGAUGGAUGUUUCGAUGAGCGUGAGGGUGUUUGAGGAGCUGACUUUCACGAAGGCGGAGCCUAACGGGAUCUUCUCGGUAAAGAUGAGAGCGAGUUACAACGUUUUGACUGGUCAUCCCAACAAGACGCAGGAUUGGCAACGCGCUUACUUCUUCAUUAAGUCCGACGAGCAUGCCUUCGAGGAGCCGCCGGGGGACGAUUAUCGCGUUUUAUGGAAUCAGCAACUUGUUCGUCAUCCCAAUACAAUUGCUUAUCCAGAGAAAUUCUUCGAAACUGCUCAACUGAUCGCGACGCACAGUCAUCUCAGGUGGCCGGAUCUUAGUCGGGAGUGGAUACGUCGGCAACAAGCUAGGAUCGCCAGAGUUGAUUGGGAAUCGAGACUUCCUUGUGUACUCGGUCCCCGCAAAUCACGUCUCUCCCUAUUUACUCGGAAGCAACAAAAACUCCUUAACCAAGCUAGAAAGAUGGAGGGAGUUCCCGACUUAAGUGCCCUGUUGAAAGGGAAGCUUCAAAUGCUCUCGACGAAAUCGUCUUCUGCCGGUGCCUCAGAAGUCAGGCCUGUUUCCACAGAUGGAGAUGUGAACCCUGAGCCGCCAGCUCAGAGUUCCCCAAAGAGGAAGGCCAAUAGGGCCAAGGCCAAGAACAGGAGUGUCCCUUUGGAAGAGGCACAACCUUCUGCCGAUGUCUCUGAAGUCGCGGCUAAGAAGAAGAAGAAAAAGGAGAGCAAGAAAAGGUCUCGUGAAGAGACUUCUGUUGGGGCUAUGGAGACUCCAACUGCCGCAGGGAAUGAUGGUGCGGAAAGAAACGAUCCGGCCGAUUCUACUCGGGGAUCGCCUGAGGAGCGUCCCAAGAAGAAACUGAAGAAGAAGUCAGCGGAUGGCGAUGGGACUUCUGCUCCCGAGAUUCCUUCUAGAAGUGGGGAACCAGCUACUGAAGUCGGAGAUGGCUCACGGGAUGAAUCUCCGUCGAGUAAGGGAGCCCCUUCGUCUUCUGCGAGGGAGACUGGUGCGGGAAGCGGAGGUUCGCUUCCGCGGAAGGCGGGAGGAGGAAUUCACUUCCCGGAUCACGUAGAAUUCCUUUACGACGAGGCGACUCCGUUGGUUCUGAAUCCACUUCCGUGUGCUGAACUGACUCGUCAGAUUCGUGGCGGGACCAAAGAGUUGCCGCCGGUCGACGACUUAUACUUCAAAAGGGAGUACAUUGACGCGGCUAUGGCGGGCAGACGGAGUGACGGGAGCAUGAACUAUCUCGUGGAGAAGUACGACAGCACUUUGAAGCAGACGAUGGUCCAGCUGGGCGCCUCGGAUAAACUCGCACGGACCAGAUUGGGCGUGAUCGAGAGGUUACGCGCCGAGAACAAAAAGGCCAGCGACAAAGCGGCCAAAGAGAAAGAGGUCCUCCGAGUUAAGUUCGAGGAGUUGGAAGACAAGCUGAAGUCUGACCGUCUUGCGAAGAAGGACGCUCUCCGCGAGAAAACUCGCUUAGAGCGAUUGGUCGCUUCCCUUGAGAAGGAGAAGGCUGAGCUCGAGGGAGAGAGGGACGCUGUCGUCGGAACGCUGGUCAAAGAGAGGCAACGCCUGAGGGAUUCCAGGGUUCAGGAGGUUACCCGCGAGAGGAUCAAGGUCCAAACGGCUAUGGCGGACAAGUCUACUCGCUGUAUCGGUAAGAUGAAGGGCUAUCUGGAUCGCCUUAUCGCGCGAGAGAAGGCCAAGAACUUAUAUGGGCAGGCUUCAGGAACCAAAAAAUGCCUUGAGAUGAUUAAAGAUAGCGGGAUCGCGAUUCCGCCGAGUAUGAUCAACAUCUUCUCGGAGCAGGAGAAGAUGUAUGAGGCUGAAGUCGCCAAUCUUUACCUCGAGCCGUUCUCUGAGGAUGAUUAUGCUCUCUCUCCUCUCAGCCUCCCUUCUCGAUUUGUGAAUGAAGAGCUCAUGGGGGUACUCGACCCGUAUGGAUCAAAUGUUGGUCUGAUUGGCCACGAAUCAGCCUCCCAGUUGAUCACUUCCCGCGAGGCGACUGAAGAUCCAGUCGAUGAGCCGAUGGUAGACAUUACUUCUGCUUUGUCGGAGCGUAUCGUCGUUCCCGAAGGAACUACCAUCGAAGAGCGUCCCGACGGGAGCGAUCCCGAGGAGACCGGGGAAGCGAUUCAAACGGAUACGGGGGAUGUAGCCGCUGAAGAUCCGGUCUUGGUUUCUUCAUCUGAGGAGCGGGAAGAGGACGGAGUGGGCGUGGAGGAGAACGGGUCAUCGCCGGCGCUUGUUGAAGAGAUGGUCCCGAACCUGCCAGUUCCAGACCCUUCUGCUCAGGUUGAAGGCCUUGGCGAUCAAGUCGUUGAAGAAGAAACGAUCGAAGCGCUUGACCCGAGUAGGGAUGACCAAGACGUCGUCGUCUGAUCUUGUUGUAUGCUAUAUUUAGGAUGUUUUCAUCGGUGGUCUUGAUAGACCUUGUUGUUGUACUUUAAAACUCUUUCUACUUUGUGUUUCUUGUCAGUAUUUGCAACCCUUAAGCGAUUUUACUUAUCUGUUGUGUUUUGAAACAUCAGAUUUUCAUAUUCUUAAUUUUUGCAAAUAGACAAGUGAUGAACCGGUAAUUGGUUUUACUCGGCUGUCAUCAUGUUUCGUUUUGGAGUUGUCCAAAAGUCGAUAACAAAGAAUUGAGUAUAAGAGUGAAAGGUCCUUCUGUCCGUUUCCUCAGUGACAAUUAAGCAACCGGGUAGCUAGGCCGUUACAUUUUAGUCGAGAAAAGGCAAAGAUUCACUCUGUUUAGUCGGUUCAAUGCUUAGGCAUAGGUGAACCGUGACUGUUAAGGUCCUGGAGCCAAGUGUCUGAUCAGGACAUAGCUGCGAGCAAAGGAGUGUGAGUGUCCGCGUAUCCUCUGCUGGAGGCACGGGAACCACGAUGUGAAAGUCAUUGUUUAUUCAAUUGAGACCUAGGUAAGGUUUUGACUUUGUUUUUGUUACAGCUGGACCUGUUAAGGCUGCCUACGUACCUCGGUUGAGGAUCAAGCCAUUCGUAGUUCGUUUUUCCCGAGUAAAAGUGACUGUGAGUGGCGCAUUUACUCGGUCGAGUAGAAGUGACUACGGGGGUGCAUCUACUCUGUUUUUUUUUUGUUACAGCUGGACC